AUGCUGUCCCCCAUAGACACCGCCGCCCCCGCCGCCCCCUACAACGGCCUCCCCUCCCGCACAACCACCCCGACCACCCCCAGCAUGGACCAAACACCGAACACAGUGGACCUCCGCACACCCCGCCCCACCACCGACCACAUAGGACCAGAAGACAUCCGGGACAGGGACGCAGAAAGACGAGAGCAGCAGGAAAGUGAAGGAUUCGGUCUUGGAAUGGGAUCUGGCUUGGGCAGUGCGAGCGGGAGCGAAAGAAGCAGUCUUGAUAUGGGACCCCCGCUGUCCACCGAGAAGGGGAACUGGAAAGGCAAGGGGAAGGCGGUGGAAGCAGAUGUCCUGGAGCACGAGGACGAGGAUGAAGCAGAAUUCGACCCGAGUCUUUACCAAUCGUAUCAGAGCAGACUGGGCGAGAUCGCCGCCUCUGAAAGAGCAGGGGACGGAUGGUCUCAGAGGGAUGAGCUGCUACAAAUGGCCAACACCUUGCUUCCUGUGGCUACCCAUCAGGCGCCUUUGCUGCAAGAGCAAAUAGCAGCGCAACAACGAACCAUUUCAGAUUUGCAACAACAAUCCAAACUCUCUCAGCAACUGAUAGCAACGGAACGUGAACGGCAUGCCGUAGAAAGAAAGUCAUGGCAAACAGAAACACAAGCCAUCAUUGCUGCUAAGGAUGCAGAGGCUUCGGCAAAGUCCGGCCAGCGCAAGGUUUUGGAUCUCGACGUUGGAUAUCACAAGGAGCUGGAGGCAGCCAACAAGCGCCUAGAGAUGGAUAAUAGACUGAUGGCCCCAAGGCUUGUGGAUACCCAACGCCAAAUUGACCGUCUUGUUAAUGAGCUCCGCCUCCUCCGGCCCCAUGUCAUUCUCGAUUCCAAACCUCUACAUUCGACAUCGACGGAAGUUGACGUCAAACCCGACAUCUCGGCCAAACUCGCUGUGCCUUUACCGCGCUACAUGCCUCAACUCAAUACCUCCCGCUCAGCCCGCACGACGAUGGGUGAUGCUCGUGCCGAACAUCUGUUGCUGGCGGCGAGAACGAUCAGGACUAUCCGAAAGCGAGAUACAAAGAUCGGCAGGAUGACCAUCAAUGAGUUGAGGAAAGCUGGGGUGUCUGGCCCCGAAGGUGGACUGGGGUACAAGGAGGGGUACGGCGAAGAAGCGUUAUCAGAAACUGAUGAUUACAGCGAGGGCGAAGACGAGCGACGGCCUAGCGUCUCUGCUAAAGCCAAAGUCAAGGUGCAGGCUACCCCUGCCACUGGCAAAAUCAAACGAGGGGUUAAGCGUGCGGCGCCUGGUUCCUCUGUACCCCAGACACCAUCGAGGCCACGGGGUGCAGCCCCAACAUUCCCCGAAACGACGCCGGGCGGCUCGAAUUUCAAUGACCUGCUGCGCGCUGCCGAGAUGGCUACCCGCCCUUCGUCACCCGCUGUCACCGACCCGACUAUACUCCAAUCUGUCAGCGCCACCAGGAGUACGACACGAGUUUGCCCAGACGACGAUGCUGAGCGGGGGAGUCCCAAGCGGCGCCGUGGAUCUGCAUGGGGUGAGAAUGAACCACACAAAGGCCAUGCCCCGAGCUCUAGUCAAGGCUCAGCGUCGGCUCUUGAUCUCUUGGCGCAAGCGAGUCAACUUGACGUAGCCAAGACAGCCCCUCAGAGCUCGCCAGCGCAGCCUAUCGCGUCUUCUUCCAGACACCCACCGCGGCUGACAGCCUCAAGCCCGAUGGAGUCUUCGCUUGGUGCGCCUAUCGACCUGACACCGAGAAAUGGGCGACCGCACUUGAACCAGUCAUCGAGCAUGACAGACGACUCGCUCGAUCCCAGCUUGCAGACGCCGAAAGGAAGGAUGCGAGGGUCAAGCAAUGCUUCAGAGUACACGCCUGCGAAGUACCUCGAAUCAGGCGGGCCUUCAUCCAAUAAUGUCUUGACGACCACGCCCCUUUCCAGUGUCCCUCCAAAUCCGCAAGCGGCUGCUGCAGCAGCUUCCGAAGGUGGUGGGGGUGGUCCUGGUGCUUUCGCCUCUCCAACUGGUCGGGUCGUCCCCGGUCUCGGCAGGUACUGGCACUACACCUCAGAGAUGCCAAUCAAGCGCGUGCGAUCGCCCUAUUUGAAGUGGACUGUGGAGGAGGAUGAGCUGCUGGCGCGGGCUGUGGCUAUACAUGGAGAGAAGUGGGAUUUAGUCAGUAAAGGUGUUCCCACAAGGAGCUAUCACCAGGUCCGGCAAAGAUGGCUGCGGAAAACUGGUGCUUUCGACAAGAAGAAUCAGUCGGCGCCUCCUUCACAGCUCCAGAAUGGUGUCUCGUAUCCCAACGGUACCAGAUAUGAUCCAUUACCAAACGAAGGCGCCGGAGCUAGUCAGAAGUCUGCCAGCUUGGAAGAAGAAGAGUGA